AUGCACGACGAGGGCGCAGCGCCGCGCCCGGAUGGGUACAAGCGCCACGCCUUCAGUCCACAGACCGAGUUUUUUGAUAGUACAGUGACGAAUAUGGCGCGGCCAUUGACGCAGGCGACCAUUACCGUGCGUGUGAUCAAGAGCUUUGAGUACCGUACCAUGAAAGCGCUCGUGCUCCGCGACGUAGAUUUGACCGCGACGAAUGCACUGCAGCUCGUGGAGCGGUGCAAGCAAGAUGUACGUACGGAACCGUCGUUCAAGGCGUACCGCAACUAUGUCGACAAGCUCGACACCCUCAAGCUGUACACACACGCGCACGGCGCAAAAACGACCAACCUGAUCAUCAACUUAGACCAUCCCGAGUGGAUCUUGUCCACUGAUGCUGCCGCCCCCCCACUGUCGGCGUUUGGAAUCGGUGCGUGGCGUUUGCGCUGA